AUGCAUUGUUCGUCUCCCAAAAUGGUUUGCGAGACUAAAAUAGUUGCGGACGACCCCGACGCCAUAGCUGGGAACAAAAAAGAUUCUCUGAUCGUUUCCUCUUCGCAGAUGUGGACCUCGGCUUCCGACUCGUUUGAGCGGAAAGACGCGAGACGGGAGCAGGUUUUAAUCCGAGACUUCGAGCGCGCGGACACCGCGGAGGUGCGCCGCAUCUUCAAUGAAGGCAUCAUGGAGCGGAUACCCAACACGGCCUUCCGCGGUCUUAAACACCAACCACACACUCAGUUUAUUUACGCUGUGCUUACAGUAAUGUGCUUUGUUAUGACCAAGUCCGUCAUGCUGACAUGCUGCACACCUUUCAUUCUAUUGGGAGCACGCUAUUACUAUAGCAGAAAAGUCAUCCUCAACUACUUGGACUGCGCACUCCACACAGAUAUGGCUGAUAUCGAGUCAUACUACAUGAAGCCCACAGGUUCUUGUUUCUGGGUGGCAGUGCUGGACGGUCAGGUGGUGGGCAUCGUCUCAGCACAGGGACGAGAAGAAGACAACACGGUAGAGCUGCGGCGCAUGUCUGUGGACUCUCGUUUCCGUGGGAAGGGCAUUGCCAAGGCGCUGGGACGACGGGUCCUAGAGUUCGCUAUGCUUAACAACUACUCGGCCGUGGUUCUGGGAACGACAGCAGUCAAGAUGGCCGCCCACAAGCUCUACGAAUCAUUGGGUUUUCAAAAGGUGGGCGAGUCCGACAACUACACUCUGCCUGGAAUGAGCCGCUCGCUGAUGGAAAGGCUCUUCUUCCAGAUCCGCUACAGCCGCUACCGGCUACAGCUCCACGAAGAGUGAGAGAGAGUGAGAGUGAACGAAAGUAUGAGCGAACGAGUGGACGUAAGAAAGCACGUGAGAGUAUGAACACCGACCACAACCCUUAAAUCACCUAAACCAAUCCACCUCUUAAACCAUAUUAUUAUUAUUUUUUAAAUCACAAAUGUUAUUUCUACCACUAUGUCUAUUAAUCCCUUAACCGUUAUGUUUUUUUCUUUUAACAUUUUACUUUAAUAAUUUCUUUCAUGAUCUUUUUACCAAUAUCAGCUGAACCUCACAAUUAGUUUAUAUAUACGUAUAUAUACUACUAUAUAUCAAAAAGGAGUAAUGAUAAAACCCUGAUCUUAACAAGAGUAAAAUGCCACACCACAAAGCAAGGCAAUAGGUCGGUCAGACUCUCUUUUAAAUCUGUUGUAAGGGCUGAUCUGAUAGCUAGCACUGACUUUUCUCAAAGAUGGCAGAAUGAAUGGAGGGGUGUACAGAGGAAAGGAAAAUGGAUACAGUUACGAAUCUCUUUCCAAUGUCACACUACUCUGUUAAAUGUACACGAAUGCAGGUGUUGAACUUCAUAAAAUGGAAAGGCUGGUGACACUAGCAGUCAAGCAAACAAUAUUUACUAAAGCACAGCAAGGUUUUCUAUGUCUUAAGAAUCAGAAGAUGGGUAAACAGUGAAGUUAGCAUUAAAGUGAAAUAACUCCUAGUUAAUCCUGCACAGUUUAACUCUGAGUUAACUCAAGAGUGGUGGUGAAUUUACUGUAAGGGAGGAGUCCUACUAUACAUACAUAUAUAGUAACUGAUAUUUUGCCUCUAACUCUUCCUGUUUUUUUUUUUUUUUUUUUAAAUUACAGACCAGUCUCUCAAUCUUUCCUUUUGUGUUGCUGGAACAGAUCAGAUAUUGCACAGAUUGUAUUGCUGUAUAAGAUCUAUAUUGUGUUAUGUCUUAAUGUUACUAAAAUACCUACUUAUUUAAAAUCGGAAUGAAUUGGACCUAGAUGAACGAGAUAUUUAUUUGCAGUCAGUGAAAUUUGAUUUGACAUCAACAUAAAAAAAAAAGAACUCUCCUUACAAAUGCAUAAUUUCCAUUAAAACAUUACCAAGUUUCAACAAUGCAAAUUGAUACUGUUGCGGUAUUAAUAAACGUAAUAUGCAUCUGUUAUAGCUCGUUGGAUCAGUCAUAAACCUGAGCACAAAUUUGGAUUUGACAAAUUGACUGCGUAAAUAUUCACUAUACAAACCUUUAUAUUUUACAGAAAUAUGGGAAUAUGUAAAUGUGAAACAUUUGAAUACAUAUCGAUGGCAGAUAUAACUGAAAAUCUCUCACCAUAUCCAUUCUCCUAGGAACGUACCAGCAAUGGGAGAGAUACAAGCCACAACGAGCCUCAUUUGUGAAAUAUUCUUGUAUAAAGUUAAGAAACUAAAUGUGAUUAAAACUAAGUAACGUAGCGCAAAAAAAAAAAAACCAACAAAACGACAAAAAAAACCCAACUUGACCCUUUCCAAUUUUCCUUGACUUGACUUUUACCUAUCCAUGAAACUGACUGCAGCCCUGGGCCAGCCCCUCCCACACCUUAACCCCACUCACUCGGCCCCCACCCCACCUCUGCAUGCGCCACUGAGCCUUGUUGCGCUGCUUCUAUCUCCAUUCAAGCUUGUACGACCCCUAAAUACCCCUCUGUGAUGUUAUAGCAGCAGCGCGAAACAUUCAGUCAAGUAACUCAAAGAUGAUCGAUUGAUGACGGGAAGGUUAAGUGUAUGACGUAAGAGAUGAACCUACCGACUCGCUGCUUCGAUGACAUCACAGUUGCCAAAAGUAGAAUGCAAAAGCAAUGCAAAUAUGUGGCAUGCCUCUGUACCUGGUUCGUACGUAUGGUGCCUGCCCUGGAAAUGAUGUAACUCUGUUUAAAAAUAUGUAGAACAAGC